CAAAAAGAAAUGACUCCUGCUUCCUCUUCGUAUGGCUCUCUCUUUCAAGACUUAUACUUCUCAAGAAGACUGCUCCUACAAGGCCCUUUUCACCAAACACCAAACAUGGCAACUCCACCAUCAUAUGUUAGCAGCACCCAUGAAGAGCCUUACUAUCCUAGUGACAACAGCUUUGACUCCAAUGUUGUGAUGGUCCUCUCAGUCCUUUUGUGUGCCCUAAUUUGCUCUCUAGGGUUGAAUUCCAUCAUCAGGUGCGCACUAAGGUGCUCUAGCUUGGUGCCCUCGGAGACCAGUGGCCAUAAUGCGUCAGCUAGGCUAGCCAACACCGGGGUGAAGAGGAAGGCCUUGAAGACCUUCCCUGUCCUAAACUACACGGCGGAAUUGAAGUUGCCUGGGUUGGACGCCGAAUGCAUAAUUUGCCUGUCCGAAUUCGCCACCAACGACCUGGUCCGGAUCCUUCCCAAGUGCCACCACGCGUUCCACGUCCAAUGCAUCGACAAGUGGCUCAACUCGCACUCCUCCUGCCCGACCUGUAGGCACUGCCUGAUCGAGACGUGCCAGAAGAUCGUGGGUUGCGGUAGCACUCAAGCGAGCACUUCAGGACCCUCACCAUCAUCUCCUGCUCAGGCUAUCCAAAUUACCCUCAUGCCACUAGAGCCAGAAGGGCCGGUGCGCGAUUGUCGCGGGUUUAGCUAGCUAGGUAAGCUCAGAAAGUUUAUAUGUGUUGCUAGGAAAAUGGUAGUUGAAGUUGGACAUUGUGGUGUUUAUUAGCCAAAAUGGUGGGUCAGAAAACCCAACAAGAUAAGUGUGUGUGUUCAUCAAAGCGCUACUUUAGAUUCCCCAGUGCAUCAGGAAAAAACAAAGAACAAUAAUCCUUUUACAAAAUCAGGGCAAGUGUAAUAGGAAACCUAGACGCUGUGAUCAUCAGUCCUAAUCUUUCUUCUUCUUCUUUUGGACAAUCAAAUCCUAAACCAUUUCCAAUCGUUUUUGACAGUCGAUCACUAGACAAUCGUACGGUUUCGAUUUUUCAUAUGCACGAUUUUGCAUUCUCUCUAUAAUCGAAUGGAGAACUUGAUUUAGGGUCCCUAGAAGAGCUCUUCACUCCAAGAUCAAGUACUUAAUGGGAAUUAACAUGCUCAUGUAGAUGCAGUUGGUCUUCUUUUUAAAUAAGGCAAAGGAUGUAAAAGAAUUCGUGAUUU